CUGUGGUUCUUUAAAAAGUGUUUCAUGUGUCAAGAUGGUGAUGAUUGGGUGAGAGGAAAAGGCAGAAACCACCGUCAUGGCAACAAAAAGGGUCUUCCACCUCCAGCCAUGUGAAAGUCCAUCUCCAACUAUGUCUGACAAUGGAUUUCUCUUCGAGACGGCUGGUUUCCUGAAAUGUGACACUGACGAAGGAGGUGAGGGCAGGGAAGAGCUGGGGGAGGAGCUGUUUGAUACAGUUCAGUCCUCUAUUGUAUCUGGAGACAGCUUGAGAUUCUUUGUGAGUGUAAACCUGGAAAGCCAUCUCAAUGCAGCAGAUGCAGAUUCCUCUGGCUGUGUACUACUUCACACAUCAAGAAAAUAUCUGAAAUUAAAGAAUUUUGAGGAAGAAGUCAGAGCACACCGUGAUCUUGAUGGAUUUCUUGCACGAUCCAGCAUCAUUUUGGAUGAGAGUGCCACUUCUCUUGACGAUGUCUUGCGGAAGAUGCUGACGCAUGUAGCAGAUGAUGCUGACAAUGCUGAGCCCAGAUGCAACUUUGAUAAAGCUAUGAGCACUUUAUUCACUGAUUCAGGGGCACCUAGAGAAGGGAAUGUUCAUCUUCUGUCUGAUACAAUUCAAGGUGUUACUGCAACAACCACAGGUGUACAAUAUCAGCAGUCCUGGCUCUGUAUUAUUUGCACUAUAAAGGAUCUUCAGCGUCGCCGUGUUUGCAUCAGUCGACUGGAGAGACCACAGAACUGGGGAGAAAACUGCUGUGAAGUACGAUUUGUGAUCCUAGUAUUGGCUCCUCCAAAAAUGAAAAGCACUAAGACUGCCACAGAAGUUGGGCGCACAUUUGCCACAAUGUUUUCAGACAUCAAUUUUCGACAAAAGCUUCUAGAAACUAAAACAGAAGAGGAAUUCAAAGAUGCUCUAGUGCAACGUCGCCAUAUGCUUACUAGUUCAAACCAAAGAGUUCCUGCUGUGCAGGAGGGUCACAGAUCCCAUGACCAAAAACCCCUUAAGUUUACUAAUUUUCUAAAGAUUGGUAAAGGGAUGUUUGAUGACAUUAAACGUAGACUUCCUUUAUACCCCUCUGAUUUCACUGAUGGUAUCACUGGCAAUAACAAAGCUAUAGGGAAGUAUAUUACUACAGUGAUCCUUAUGUAUUUUGCUGUUCUUUUGCCAUCAAUGGCGUUUGGGUCAUUGAACGAUGAAAGCACUGGAGGAGCUAUUGAUGUGCAGAAGACUAUUAUUGGACAGUGCCUUGGUGGAGUCAUCUACGCUGUCCUUGCUGGACAACCUUUGGUUAUUUUGUUAACCACAGCACCUCUUGCUUUAUACAUCAGUGUUAUCCGAGGGAUAUGUGAUGACUACAAUUUGAAUUUCUAUGCCUUUUAUGGCUGUAUUGGAUUAUGGAACAGUUUUUUUCUUACACUCUAUGCUCUUUUCAACUUCAGUCUAUUGAUGAAGCUGUUUAAAAGAUCAACAGAAGAAAUCAUAGCACUUUUUAUUUCGAUAACUUUUGUAGUCGAUGCAGUAAAGGGAAUUAUUAAAAUUUUUAAACAGUAUUACCAUGACCCCAAAACGAAAAAGGAGUAUGCAAGCAAGUCCGGAGACAACAUAAUGAAAUUCAACUUCACCAACAGUCUCUCUGCCAAUGAAUCAGUAAAUACAUCAGGAUAUCUGCAGAACCAGAGCAUGCUGGAACUUCACACUGAAGUCCACUGCGGACGAGAAACCGCUGUCCUUAGUGUAAUGCUUAUGUUGGGAACCCUAUGGCUUGGGCACACUCUGUAUCAGUUCAAAAAAAGCCCUUAUUUGCACGCAAGAGUCCGGGAAAUAUUGUCUGACUGUGCAUUGCCAAUAUCUGUCUUAACUUUUUCCUUCGUGGGCUCAUUUCUCUUUAAGGAAAUAAAAAUUGCCACAUUUAACUAUACGCCUUCAGACAACUUAUUUGUGUCGGCACCAUUCCGUUCCCUCACCCUGGGCUCCAUAAUGAGUGCAAUGGGACUUGGGUUCCUUCUUUCCAUGCUUUUCUUCAUAGAGCAAAACAUAGUUGCAUCACUCACCAAUGCUCCAGAGAAUAGACUAGUUAAAGGAACAGCAUACCACUGGGAUCUUUUUCUUGUUGCUGUAAUUAAUGUACCACUGUCACUUUUUGGAUUGCCAUGGAUACACGCUGCUUUCCCUCAUGCUCCAAUGCAUGUCCGAGCCUUAGCCUGUGUGGAAGAAAGAGUAGAAAAUGGACAUCUCUAUGAGACGAUAGUGAAUGUAAAAGAAACACGGAUUACAUCUCUUGUAGCAAACAUCCUUGUGGGCCUCUCUCUUCGUCUCCUACCUUUCCCACUGCAGUGGAUUCCAAAGCCCGUCUUGUAUGGAUUAUUCUUAUAUAUCGCCUUAAUCUCCAUUGAUGGUAGUCAGUUCUUUGAGAGGCUGGUACUUCUGCUUAAAGAACAGACAGCUUAUCCUCCCACUCACUACAUCCGAAGAGUUCCUCAGAGGAAAAUCCAUUAUUUAACUGGCUUACAAGUGCUCCAGCUGCUUAUUCUCUGUGGCAUCGGAAUUUCUCCUUUACCAUACAUAAAGAUGAUCUUUCCUCUCGUUAUGAUAGGAAUGAUACCGAUCAGAUAUAACUUGCUUCCCAGGAUUAUUGAAGAGAAGUACCUGGACGCAAUGGAUGCAGAGCACUGAAACAGAUGGUGUUUGCUGCACCACUGAAAGCGCUCCUGCGAUUUCAGCAUUUUGUAUGUGCAAUCUGACAGUAUUUUUGUUUCCUUACAUUAAAGCACAAUUUGCCUUUCCCACAUGUGCAAAUACCAAAUGACUCAGAAAAGAGAGUGAAUAAGAAGAGAGGACUGCAGGAUUUCAGAUGUGGUUGUGUUUACAUCUUCAGCAUAAUUUUCCCUUGAAGUGACUCUGAAAAUGGAGGAGUAUGCACCUGGCCUGUUGAAUAAGGGACAUUUGCAAUGGUUAUCCACAGGGAAAGUACUGAUCUGAUUUUCAAAAAAAAAAAAAAACUGAGCUGUCUUUUGGAGCUGGUCAAUAUAUUGUAUGGACAAUAUGACCAAAUAACAAACAAGGACACUGUUGUGCGUUUUCUGCCCUAUCAGACUGUAGAACUUUAUCGUUCAGAUCUAGCAUCUUAAGCACAACUAUUGCAACAUGCCUUUACAUUUUGUUUUGAUUGAGAGUUUAUUAAAAUGUGCUUACAUGCUGUAAUUUUAUUUUAUAUUCCUUGAAUAUUUUGUUUCUUUUAAAAAUAUAUAUGUAUAUAUAUAUUUGGACUUGGACUUUUAUCAUUACCAAAUUCAGAGAUGAUUAUCUUGUUCAGUGCAAUUGCCUUUUCAGCUUCCUGAGAUAAAAAUAUUUUAUGUA